UCGUUCCUUGGCUCCCGAGCUUGGCGACGCGCGGCGAGUGAAGGUGGGAGUGCUGGCCAGCGGACCCGUCCCCGAGGAAGAGCACGGUGUGACGUAAACGGUGAUCCAAACAAGUAUCAGCUGUGUGGCAGUCAUUGUUCGCGUUCGUUCUGGCAGUUCAACGGGAGGCCCGUUUUCUUCCUUUUCCUUGUCGGCUGAUCGAACGGGGUCCGCCGUUGCCGCGGAGGUCGGUUCUCGGGGAAAGGUGGGCAAGACACGGGGCGCGAGAAAGAGGGGUGGACCCACGACUCGCGCUCGUCUCGUGCGAGCCUGGCUGCGUGCGUGCGUGCCCCAGCCCCAGCCCCACCAGCGGACUUCGGGACAAUAAUCGUGUGAAAAACGGGGCGGUACGCGCACAAGCCUGGCCUCGAGCGGCGAGUCGGACGACGGUGGACUCGCUCCGCCACCGCGCAAAAGGUCCCGUAGUUCUCUCCCAACUACUCUCAGACCAGCGGACGAGCACCACUCAAACGCAGACAUGGAGAAUUAUCGCACGAUGCAGCAAGCCUCGAACGGAGGAGCUAUCUCCACCGGGCCUCAACAGAACGGGGAUGCUGCUGACUCCGGUGGAUCGCAUGCUAACGGGAACCUAGGUUUGGGACCUGACGGCGAACUAAACGGAAUGAACGGCGAGACGAAUCGAACCAUCGGGCCCCCUAAGAUUAUGGAUAAAACGAAUCAAGAUAUCGUGCGGCUCAUUGGACAGCACCUCAAAACCGUCGGGCUGGAUCGUACCGCAGAUCUGCUGAUGCAGGAAUCGGGCUGUCGGCUAGAUCAUCCAGCCGCUGCUAAAUUUAGGCAGCAUGUUAUGGAUGGGGAUUGGAACAAAGCUGACCAUGAUUUGAAUGAACUCAAAUCGUUUUUAAAUGGUGCUAGCCAGAGUCUGGUGGAGAUGAAAUUUUUAUUAUUGGAACAAAAAUAUUUGGAGUAUCUGGAAGAAGGUUUAGUACUGGAUGCACUACAGGUUCUGCGCAAUGAACUGACACCAUUAGGGCACAACACAGGUCGCGUUCAUCAAUUGUCAGCAUUUAUGAUGUGCAGUGGACGCGACGAACUACAGACUCGCGCGGGUUGGGAUGGAAAAGGAUCAGCUUCGAGAGCUGCUCUGAUGGACAGAUUACAAAGGUAUCUGCCACCUUCCAUCAUGUUGCCUCCGCGCCGUCUUCAUUCUCUCCUUUGCCAAGCAGUCGAAAUGCAAAAUCAGCAAUGUACAUACCACAUUACUCCCACUCAGACAAGUUUAGAAAAUGUCUCAUUGCUGGUCGAUCAUAGCUGUAGUAAGGAGCAAUUCCCAUGCCAUACCACCCAGGUGCUGAAUGAUCAUUACGAUGAAGUUUGGUACUGCAAGUUUUCUCCCGAUGGGCUUAAGCUGGCCACAGGAUCUAAGGAUAUGACGGUCAUGCUUUGGGAUGUUGACCCUGAAACAUUACGGGUAACGCACAGAAAGACGCUGGAAGGGCAUAACUAUGGAGUGGCAUUAAUUGCAUGGAGCCCCGAUAGCAGCUACUUAAUAGCCUGUGGUCCAGAAGAUUGUCCGGAGUUAUGGCUUUGGAGCGUUGAUACUCCCGAAUGCGAUUUGCGGGUCAAACUGACGCAAAGCACGGACGACUCGCUGACAGCGUGUGCUUGGCAUCGAGAUGCCAAUAAAUUCGUGACGGGUGGCUUACGAGGGCAAUUCUAUCAAUGCGAUCUGGAUGGAAAUGUAUUGGAUUCGUGGGAGGGAGUACGAGUCAAAUGCCUUUGGUGCAGAAGUGACGGAAAAACGGUACUAGCUGCAGACUCUCACAACCGCAUUCGUGGUUAUAACUUCGACGAGUUGUGUGAUUUUACAAUACUUCAGGAAGAUCAUCCGGUCAUAUCAUUUAGCGUGAACAAAGCGGACAGAUUGGCUUUACUAAAUGUCGCCAAUCAGGGCGUUCACCUUUGGGACCUACAAGACAGAUGUCUUGUUAGGCGUUUUCAAGGUGUCACGCAAGGUCACUUCACUAUUCACAGCUGCUUUGGUGGCGUUAAUCAGGACUUCAUUGCAUCUGGCAGUGAAGAUAACAAGGUGUACGUUUGGCACAUUAAGAGGGAACUUCCGAUAGCUACCCUGACAGGACACAGCAGAACGGUUAACUGCGUGUCCUGGAAUCCCGUGUACCAUCAAAUGAUGGCUUCGGUCUCGGAUGACUGGACGGUACGGAUAUGGGGUCCAAGGUCUUCGUCUCCGGAGAGAUCGGAUAAUGCUAAGACUGCUUCACCGGAGAGUAACUCGUCAAAGAGUAGCGGCUGGCACGAAAUGGUGUCGUAGCGGACUGCAAAGCAUCGACACUCCCAUGACCCCAUGGUGUUCAAAAGACUGUCCCGUUGGCUAUCGUGUUGACUCCUCUACCCUUUUUAACGAUUCCCCACUGCACUGCUACCCGUGGUCGAUGAAUUGUCAACUGUCUCGCCGGGGUGGACCGGGGGAUGACAGGAGUUGGCAUCCACGUGCCAACCGGUACAGAUAAUUUAAUAACCACGUCUAUCCGGGGAGUCUGUGUAUACGUUUCCGCGAAUAAUUUGCGGGUUUGCUGGGAAAUUAUAAAAAUCCGUUCCAUGAUGUCACGACUCGAUGGCGAGCCGCACAUGUACGAUUGAAUAACUGAAGGUAGAACAGAGCAUAAUACGAUUACUGAAGUAGCGUAAGUCAGGCGUUGAGUUUAAGAGGACUCUUCGUUUUUAGGAUCAGUGUAAGUUAAGGGUAAGGAGUUUACGUGCAUGGUCAAGAAUAGAGCUGUCAAGCUGAUACACGUCUUUUGAGCUUGUUCGAAAUCUGCGAGAAAGAGUCGUCACGCCUCCGUUGCGUGUUCUGCGGAAAUUUAUUUAUCGUGCCAAUAAAAUAUUUUCAAUAAAACAGGAAAAAAAAGCUGAGUAAUGCUGCAACUUGAUCUUCGAAGGACGGUUAUCGAAUAUCGGCCCAGCAGAAUCGUCAUAUAACAGGCACUGCUUCUUGUUUCCUUGAUCGAGCCUCUUGGUAAAAUUGUUUCCGAGCAGUGGCACUAGCAACCUCGAAAUUUGUAGGAUUUUACAAGAGGGCGACCUUAAAUGAAAGAGAAAAACUAAACGAUCGACCCAGUAUCGCCGCUAAAAUCAUUGCAAUAAGACUCGUUUUUCUCUAGCAACGAUUCAAAAAUAUGAGUCUUGUUGAAAAAGGGAUAAAGUAAUUUUCGAUGUGAUCCUUGAACGAGUCGAUUCGAUGGGAGAAGUCUUUAUAUGAUUCAGUAGAUAAAAGAAAUCCAAAACAAGUUUUAUUUAUAUUCAGUAGAUUGAUUUUAUAUUGUCGAAUACAUAUUUAACGUUGGAUAGAUUAAUAACGUUUCAUUUCUACCAUUAACUGCCAUAUUUUUUUAAAGGCUAUUACUAAUGUAGUACAUCCAUGCAUUAUAAUUCGAUAUGCAGCACCACGCCAUUAUGUAGAAAUUUCGCCUCUUUCAAUUGACUGGCCUCGCAAGGCGAAUCAGACCGUACGUGUAAGUUCAAUAUAAUUAUACUAUUGCCUACGAAUACGAUUCAUACAACUGAUUUAAAUAAGAACAAAAUUACUGUGAUUUUCUAGAUAUUUUAAACUACGUUCGAAACGUCUUCGUAUAACUCGUUCUGCCACUAUUGCUACUGUUAUGAAAAAAUUGAAUACUUCAGUAAACGCUGUUCCGAUCUAGAAAUAAAUUUUAAGGUAAUAGGAUCAGAUGUUAGCUCCAUUCCUUGAUCGGUAAAUGUCUAACGUUUUACGCGAUUUUCACGAUAAUCGAACUAUGCAUUGGCAGUUAAUGGAACUGAAAUAUCAGAACGUCUCGAACGUGUUUUCUCAUCUGAAAAGGUAAGAGCAACCGAAGGUUUCACUAUAUCGAGAGCAAUGAGAUAUAUAUGUACAGAUAUGCCUUUUUCAAUAAAUAACGUUAUGAAGCACAA